CUAUAUAUAUGUAUGUGAAUAAUAAAGCAGUUGAUUUUAUCGAUUAAAAUACUGCCAUUUAUUAUUAGAUGUUUGUAGAUAGAGACGAAAUAAGUACAAUAAGUACAAUAAGUUUAUCCUGAAAUUGUACAAAGUUGUAAAACUAUACCUAACCGUUGUUAAUCCGCAAUAAUCCGUGUUGCAAUUGCGUGUUCGGUUUGUUCUAGAAAUUACUCUUGAAUAUGUAGUGGCCGUUUGAAAAAAAACUUUGUUAUUUACCAUGUAAUGGUGCGCAAUAAACAAUCUACCGACUCUACGAAACUACGAUUUCUUAUUAUAAACUGUUACAUUCUCGCACGAAGAUCUCUCGAUAAAUGUCAAUUUUUAACGUUAUCGAUACGAUGAAAAAUUUGACGCUCUUGACCUGAUAAACGAACACAUUCAAUACCUUCAAUAAAUUCGCCACUUUGACAAUUGUACAAAAAUGAUACGUAAAUAAUAUACGAGAGAGAAAAAAAAAAGAAAAGAGAAAAAAUUACAGAAAAUAAUGAUCAAAAUUUUUGGUGUAAUCUCACAAUAUUCGAAUGAUGCAGCGUUACCGUUCGCUCGUCCCGAAUGGGAAUCCAUUGGAAAUUUAUAAUUCGGAGUAUGGUUGAGCAAUGGAUAGAUCAGGUGAAAUAAUAACAAUUUUCAUAGGGCAGGCUGGCACCCAAUUAGGAAAUGCCUGUUGGGAAUUAUUUUGUCUGGAACAUGGCGUGUCUCCCAAUGGCUGUCUUCGCCAAGGUUAUUAUCCAACGGAUCCCACUAUGUGCGCCUUCUUUUCAGAGACGCAAGUAAGAAAGCUGACCCCGCGAACGAUGAUCAUUGAUCUGGAGCCAAGCGUGAUCGACGAGAUUAAAACGGGCGAAUACAGGCAACUUUUCAGCCCGGACUCGUUGAUCACCGGAAAGCAAGACGCGUCCAACAAUUACGCGAGGGGUUACUAUAGCAUCGGUAGAGAGGCGAUUCCUCUCGCAUUGAGUCGUAUUUCCAAGUUAAUAGAAGGUUGCUCGAAGCCAGCUGGAUUCAUCGUAUUCAGAUCGAUAAGCGGUGGUACCGGAAGUGGUUUUGCCUCCUUGCUGCUUCAACAAUUAUCAGUGGAUUAUCCGAAAACGAUCAUUUUGGAUUUUAUUAUUUAUCCAUCUCCCAACAUAUCUUCGGUUAUCGUGGAACCGUACAACGCGUUAUUCUCUACCCAUGGUACAUUGGAUCACGUGGACUGCUCCUUCCUCGUCGACAACGAAGCUCUAUACAACAUUUGUGCCAACAAUUUGGACGUGAACGAUCCAACUUUCACCAAUCUGAACCGCCUGUUGGCUCAAAUUGCCUCCAGCGUCACGGCUUCGAUGAGGUUCGAGAGCGCUGUGAACGUUACCCUCCAAGAAUUGCAAACUAAUCUCGUACCAUAUCCAAGAAUCCAUUUCUCCUUGACUACGUACGCUCCGCUCAUCUCUCCUAGAAGGGGCCUGUACGCUGAAAUCACCACCCAGCGGAUCACCACCGAUUGUUUCAUACCUUCGAAUCAGAUGUUGACGAUCGAUCCACGCACUGGAGCUUACACCAGUUGUUGUUUACUUUAUCGUGGAAAUGUGAGCGCAAAUGACGUUAACAAAACGAUCGCGUCACUGAAAGGGGCGAAGUCUAUUCGUUUCGUCACUUGGUCUCCGACCGGGUUCAAAGUAGGUAUUAACUAUCAGCCAACCACGACCGUCCCUGGCGGUGAUCUGGCAAAAUCGAACAGGACGGUGGUGAUGAUCGGCAACAACACGGCGAUGAGACACAGAUGGUCGAUGCUCACCCGGAAAUACGACUUGAUGUACCAGAAAAGAGCUUUCUUUCAUCAUUACAUAGGCGAGGGUAUGGAGGAGGAUUUCUUCAAGGAGGCAAGGGAGGACAUGAUGACUCUGAUCGAUGAUUACAAAGAGAUCGAGAAAUGAAUUUCUCGAGAUUCUGCUCGAGAGAAAGAUUUUCAACUUCAACAAAGUUUCUCUUCUACGCAUGGGAGGGAUUACAAGAUAUUUGCUGUAUUGCUCUUUCGUACGUGCAAAAGAUGAGAAGAAGAAAUGUGAUUGCACGAGAUAAGAAGGAAUCGCGCGAAGAUAAGCGGGCAGCCAGUGGUAGACUCGCCGGCACCAAUGGGUACAACGCGAGCGAUCGUGUAAUAUUGACUUUCACUGUUACAUUUGGCACGGACACACGGACCAUCGAUAAGGAAUCACGCACUUUUCAAUCCAGAACGUGCGGAUACCUGCAUGCUCCGCACUGUCGGACAAGUAUAUA